AUGACUGGGAACUCAGUGGACUGUCUACAAAUAAGGAGAAAUGGUGACGUGUGCAAGGAUCCACCCUACAAAGUUGAAGAAUCUGGUUAUGCUGGUUUCAUUUUGCCAAUUGAGGUCUACUUCAAAAAUAAGGAGGAACCUAAGAAAGUUCGAUUUGACUAUGACUUAUUCCUGCAUCUUGAAGGCCACCCACCUGUAAAUCAUCUCCGCUGUGAGAAGCUCACAUUCAACAACCCUACAGAAGAAUUCAGAAGAAAGCUACUAAAGGCAGGAGGGAUUAUGGUUAUGACAGAUGGCACGUCGUUCUCUUCAGGGCAGAGCCUUCAUCUCCCCAACCUUCCUAGUAACUCCCUAUCUUUUUCUGAAGUGAAGAAGAAAGCAUCUCAUGGGCCAAAGGACCCAACUAAGAUUCUGAACAUAAAUAGCAGUAGCGGCAGUAGUAACAGUUUUUUGAAGCCCCACAAGUUAACAAAGGAGCACAAGGAAAAAACUUCUAAAGACUCAAAAGAACAAAAAAGUGCCUUCAAAGAACCUUCCAGGGAACAAAACAAAUCUUCCAAAGAAUCCUCUAAGAAACCCAAAGAAAAUAAACCACUAAAAGAUGAAAAAAUGGUUCCUAAGAUGGCCUUCAAGGAACCCAAAUCCAUGUCCAAGGAGCCAAAAUCUGAAAACACCUCCAUCCUUACCAUUACGGGUGGACAGCAGCAAGAAAAGAAGACUCCUACAAAAAGGCCCUCCGUUCUGGAUUCUGAUGAACCUUCUGCAAAAAAGAGAAAAAAAAGUGCGCCAGAGUCAUUAUUUAAAAGCUUUUCUAAUGCUCCAUCACUAAUUCUUACAUGUUCAGCUGACAAAAAACAAACAAAGGACAGGUCUCAGCUUAAGAUGGGGAGAGUCAAAAUUGAAAGUGAUACACUGGAAAAGAAGGCGUCUACUCUGCCACCAUCUGAUGAUAUUAUAGACCCCAAUGAUUCUGACGUGGAAGAAAACAUGUCUUCUAAAUCUGAAGUAAGAGCUGUUUUGUUUCUUUUCCUGUGUAUGAAGUGUUUCUUCUCUGUGGGAUUGUGUGCCAUAUUUGUAUUUUCAUUUCUCUUCUCCUUUUUACUGGCAAAUUGUUCCAAUUGAAGGGUGUUGACUACU